CGCAGCGCCUGCGAGCGGAGGGAGUGGGUGAAGCGCAGCGGCGGUAAUGAUGCACUGAGCUGAGCCUGCCUCCUCAUUCAUACUCUCAAAACAUCUCCAUUGUGAUUCUUUCUCCCACAGUCGACCUAUUGUCAUCGUUGCUUCUGAAGUCUGCUGGAAAAAGAAGAUUUAAUGAAAGAGAAAGAAAAGAAGAAGAAGCGCGCGGCAACGUUACGGCUGUUUUUAUUCGCAUCGCAUUCUGAAUGACGGGCGGACGGUUCGACUUCGACGAUGGAGGCACUUACUGUGGCGGAUGGGAGGACGGGAAAGCCCACGGACAAGGCAUCUGCACGGGACCCAAGGGUCAAGGCGAGUACGCCGGCUCCUGGUCCCACGGCUUUGAGAUAGUUGGGGUUUACACCUGGCCCAGCGGGAACACGUACCAUGGCUACUGGUCGCAGGGUAAACGACACGGGCUGGGUGUUGAGACCAAGGGGAAAUGGCUCUAUCGUGGGGAGUGGAGUCACGGGUUUAAGGGUCGCUAUGGAGUUCGGCAGAGCAUCAAUACCCCUGCAAGAUACGAUGGGACGUGGAGUAAUGGACUACAGGAUGGGUACGGGGUCGAGACCUAUGGGGAUGGUGGCACUUAUCAAGGCCAGUGGAUGGGGGGCAUGAGACACGGCUAUGGUGUGCGCCAGAGUGUGCCUUAUGGAAUAGCCACAAUUAUUCGAUCUCCGCUCCGCACCUCCCUGACCUCCCUAAGAAGUGUGCAGAGCAAUGGCACCGUACUGCAGGAGACCAUACUGGACACACCAGUUGGUAGCCGUGGCGGCUUUGUCUUGAAUUUUCACAGUGACACCGAAGUUGUCACCGGCAAGAAGAAGGGCUUGUUCCGCCGCGGGUCCAUUUUUGGCAGCCUCCGACAGCUACGUAAAUCAGACUCCAAAACAUCAAUUUCAAGCAAGCGGAGUUCGGCGCGAAGCGACGCCACCAUGAGCCGCAUCAGCUCAAGCGACGCUAACUCCACCAUCAGCUAUGGAGAUGGAGAGGCGCCUGAUGAAUGCAUACUUAUGGAGGACCAUGUGGACGCCACCACCACUGAGUCCUACAUGGGCGAGUGGAAGAAUGACAAACGCAAUGGGUUUGGGGUCAGCGAGCGAUCCAACGGGUUGAAGUAUGAAGGGGAAUGGAUGAACAACAAGAGGCAUGGAUACGGAUGCACAAUAUUUCCAGAUGGAACCAAAGAGGAGGGAAAGUAUAAGAAUAAUGUAUUGGUGCGUGGGAUAAGGAAGCAGCUUAUUCCGCUUAAAAACCACAAAACUAAAGAGAAAGUGGACAGGGCUGUGGAGGGGGCUCGAAGGGCAGCAGCUGUCGCCAGAACUAAAGUGGAAAUAGCAGUUUCAAGGACAGCCCAUGCUAGAACUAAAAGUGAAGCUGCAGACCAGGCCGCACUUGCAUCCUGUCAGGAAUCGGACAUUGCCAGAGCUGUGGCCCGUGAAUUAUCUCCCAACUUCCAUCAACCAGGACUUGACUAUAUCAAACAAAAUUUCAGUGAGCAGGUGGAGGAGAUCAAAGAGGAAGCACCGAAGGAGGAGGAGAAGAAGCCUUCUGGCAGCCCUUUUUAUCGCCGUGGCACCACUCCCACCCACUCCCCUGCCCAGAUUCCAACGCCAUCACCCCCUCAAUCCCCUCAGAAGAGCGAGCCCACCAACCCCAGUGUCACCCGGAAGAUAAGCAAAGACAACAGCAGUAUAGCUCGAAAGAUAAGCAAGGACGGUACUAGUGUAACACGAAAGAUAAGCAAAGAAGAGAGAGCUUCAAUUGUGGCUGAGAUCACCAAAGUAACCACCUCUCCUCCUGUACUAGCCAUUAAACUGCAGGAAGUACCCCCUCCAAAGCCCUCCAAAGCACCUGAGCCCCUGCGUAAACCUGCAAGCACAGGUAAUGGACAGCUACAUACUGCUUAUCACAGUUAUUAUGUGAAUCCGGUGGCAAAGAUCCCACCACCAGAGGAACCAGAGGAUGAAGAGCCUGAGAUGACACAAUCUAGCCUGGCUAGGAUGCCUCCACCUCCUAAAAUGGUCAGGACACCCACUCCCAAACAAGAGCCUAAGAUCAGGAAACAAGAGUCUAUUAAACCAAAGAGUUUAGCAGAAUCCAAGAAAGCCAGCUUAGAGAUUGCCAUUGAAAAAGUGGAGGAAGAAAAUGGUCCUAACUCAAUUUUGGUUGCCAUGGUGAUGCUUUUGAAUAUUGGAUUGGCAAUCAUUUUUGUCCAUUUCCUGACAUGAAAGAGUACCAACUCAGUGAUGUUGGUUGGCAACACACACAGAUGUGUCAAUGACCUUUAUGAAAUCCAGACGGCACCAGGCAGUGUCCAGCAUGGCAGAGGGAGCUAAAGAAUCAACAUAUGUGAGUUUGAAACACAGAGCGUAAUCAUUGCAAAUGACUUUGUCAAAUGUCACAUAGCUCUGGCAAAAGUUGAAGAGAGGAAAAUAUUUUGGGGGGAAAAUUACAGUUAAAAAUGGAAAACAGGAGAAGAGAAUGCUCUGUAAUGUCAUUCAUAUCUACUAAUGGAAAGCCUUAAUAUCUGAUAUGUGCAGCCACUCCAUAGGCCUCUGGCUUCUGGCAGAGACUUUACUGAAAAUGUUUGAUGAUGCAGUUUUAUGUGAUGGGCAAGAACAGCUGCCUUACUCAUUUACCAACUGACGUGUAACUGGGAGAUGCACUUGCAGUGCCAGAGGAAUGCGUUCAUGGGACUUUGUCGCAGUAGCAGGCGCUCUUGGCCAGAGUAAACCAAACACACCCACCAGUGUCACUAAUCCGUCUUACAUCCUGUAAUAACCCACCACAGUUUCUUCUAGCAUCUCCUGCAUUCUUCUCAGAAGCUCUUGAGUUGAUGCUCCCUGUACUGUACUCAUCACAUUUGUUUUGUUUUUUCGUGUACUGUUCUUUCUUUCAUUUAUGUUUGUUAACCUCAAUCACAAUUGUGUUUGAAUUCAACCUAGAUAUACCUGUCGCAAAUCCCACUUUUUGUGAGUUUUGCUAUAAAGGUAUAGUUUUCAAAAAUGAAAAAGAAUAUAUUAUUUAUUGAUAAUGUGCAAUAUGAUAAAAGAAUUUAUGAGUAGAGAGUUAUAUUUUUCACCAAUCAGGAGCUUUGCAGUUCUUUCACAUUUGUUCUGGUAUUCAGUCCCCAGUUGUUACAUUAUAUGGGGUAAGUUGUCACAACAGACACUUGUAAAAUUUAACCCAUAAAAGAUUUUCAAGGUAAAAACAAUUAUUGGAACAUCAGAAAUAGAAUAUUAUUAAUUAUUUUAUAAAAUAAUUUAAUUUAAUAUUCUAACUGAAAUUGGAAAACAGAAGUUGUAGUUGCAAAAAUUACAAUGUAUGCACUACAUAUGACAACUUGGCUCAUUUAAAAUUUGACAACUUGCCCUGACCUGACCAUUAUGAAAAAAUACUCUUGCCCAAAGAAUGCAGUUGAAAAUCUCAAUAUUCAAGACAAGGAAAAACAUAAGCAGAAUUCAAAGGGAAAUUGAAUUAAACAUUUUAGCAAGACAAACAUGAAUAAUAGGGGGAGAAGUGUUGACAGGUAUUGGGUAUGUGAUUGCCCACAUUUCAGUGGCCAAGCCCACACAGAUUAUGGCAGAACCAAAAUCAGAAAGUCUUAUAAAGUGUGUUAUUUAUUGAAUUCUGGGAAUUGUUUGUCAUGUUAAUGUAAAUUACGCAUAUGCCAUUAUGCAUGCUAUGUUGUGGAAGAGUUCUUGUGCUUUAAAUGUCAGGUAUGACAUGCGACUGCAGAUGUUUUGAUGUGGAACUUCUAAAAAAAAAUUGAGAGCUUGCUUGCAUGUUUGUGACCUUGAAUUCUUGGGAUAUCAAAAGUCCGAAAGCAUUCAGUGCCACAGUUGGGGUGGUGCUGGAGGAAGUAGGAUGUUGCCUUUAAAAGUCUUUAUCAGUACUUCUGUUUACCUCAAAAUAAAUUAGGAAAAGGAAAAUGAUGAUGAAGAGAUGAAGUCUUUGUCUUAAAACUGUAGGAUGCAAAUUCUGACUGAUUGAAUCUUUGGGAAUUGACUUUAAAUGUGCCACUAUAUUGUAAGUGUGUUUUGUUUUGAUUUGUUUUGUUAUAUCCUGAUCAUUUUACUUUUAUUUGUUAUUCUGAUCAUUUGUGCAUUUUCCCUCUUCAGAAGGUUUAUUAAAGAUUUAUUUAUUAUAUAUAGAAAUAUAGAUAUUGUUUUUAGUGUUUGGUUAGUGUAAAGGGGCUUGGGAAAACUACUUGUAGUUUUUGUUGCAUGGGGUCUUUAAAAUGCACUAAUGACUGUUAAUAUUACAUUCAAAACAACUGUUCUGAGGGAAAAUAUGCUGGGGCAUAAAACUUACACUUACUAAUGUUUUAUAUAUAAUAAGGCAUAUUGUUCAAGCAUUGUGUUUUCAUAGAAAGAGACUCAAAAACUCUGAUUCAAGGGUUUUUUAAUGCAUUUCCCUAUAUUUUAUGAAUAUUGGGCAUUGAUCAAAACAUUUUGCAGUGCAAUGUGUAUGGGCCCUUUCAUAUAUUUUCUAAAUGAGAGAUUUAAGCUCUUAUGAUAACAGGGCAGAGUAAGGAAUUAUUUUUCUAAAAACAAAUGUUGCACAAACAAAACAAAACAAAAAAUAUUUAUAUAUAUAUAUUAAAGGUUUAUUCUAUUUAUAAUCAUUUUUACAGAGCACAGCCAUUACAAUAAUGAAUUCUAUUAUAUUUUUCUAUAGAAGUGCACAACUGUAUUUUGUCAAAAGUAGUAUAACUCUUUCAAGCGUACAUGACAUCAAACCUAUAUUUGAUUCAACGUCAUUUUUAAAUGUUGAGAAUCAACAAGAUGCAGGAAUUAUUCUUUGAACCAUUCUGUUACAUUAGACAUUAUAUAUAGCCCCAUGUUUUUCUGUAAUUUGAAAAGUUGUUUAUCUGUAUAAUAAAAAUUGUUA